CGGUAACUUGCGAUGCAAGAGACACAAGCGAAGCCCUAGUAGGUCAGGAGAAAGACAUGAUACGGGAUGACGUAUUGACCGGAGAUGGGUCGUGGAAGACCGGCCCUUGUGCGAGUGACGUUGUGUUGGAGUCGACCUGUCACGGCAACGUGGAGGGAGCCGAUCAGCGGCUAUAUAUCUCCUCCAUGCCUAUCUACGAGGCUUGUCUUGCAUUGAAGUCCUGAUCGAGGGGUAGGCCUUAUUUAC